AUGCCGACAAUGUCCGAUCUUCCUGAAGAUUUGGUUGGGGAGAUACUCUCUAAACUUCCAUUAACAUCUCUGAUAGCUGUACGGUCUACUUGCAAAAAUUGGUAUGCUUUAUCCAAUAAUCAGGUUUUUGGUAAAGGAUCAACAACAAGGAAACAGUUUCUAGGGUUUAUGUUGAUGGAUUCUAGAGUUUAUUCAAUGAAACUUGAUCUCCAAGGAAUUCACAACGAUCACGAGAUUGGUGCUCCAUCUGUAAAGCAAGUAAGUAUACUUGGCCAAGCUGAAAUAACAAAACUCUUUCAUUGCAACGGUUUAGUGUUAUGCGUUACCGAAGAUAAAAAACUCUUGUUGUGGAAUCCCUAUUUGGGGCAAACCAGGUUGACAAGGAGGUCCAAGACCAUGAAAUAUCUUAGCAGAUAUGACAAUUUUGGUCUUGGAUACGACAACAUAAACGGCUACCACAAAAUCUUGAGGGUUUAUGAAAGAGAAGACGGCUCUCUCCAGUCAGAAAUCUAUGAUUGUAACUCUACAUCAUGGAAGGUUCUUGGUGUCCAUCCCGAGUGGUUUAUUACUUAUCAUGAUAGCAGCAUGUCUGUGAAUGAAAAUACUUACUUUCUUGCUCUAGAGAAUGCAACAAAGAACGAUGUGUGGUCUUUACUUUGUUUUGAUUUCACAGCAGAGAGAUUUGGACCGCUUCGUCCUCUUCCUUUUCAAUCGCACUCUCAUAGUUCAGAAUCUGUGGCUUUAUCUUGUGUUAGAGAUGAGAAGCUAGCUUUGCUAUAUCGACGCAAUUAUUGGACGAAUAUGGAGAUUUGGAUUACGACUGAGAUUGAUCCCAACUCAGUAUCGUGGAGCAAGUUCUUGGAUGUGGAUACGAGAUCCAUCCCUCGUUUUCGGGAUUCUUAUAAUGAUGGGACUUUCUUUAUUGACCAUGAGAAGAAAGUCGCUGUUCUUUACUGUUCCUUAGAAUAUAUACCGACCAAGACCUGUUGGCACGAAACAGCUUACAUCAUUGGAGAAGAUGGAUACUCUAAAUCUGUGGUUGUCGCAGAAACUCCGUUUACAUCAGAAUCAGAAGAGACAUGGCAUAGCCCGGUUGUGUUCUCUUCUUAUGUUCCAAGUUUAGUGCAACUAAGAAGAAAACGAGAUUAG